CAGCAGCAUCAGGGCUCUGCCCCACGGGUUGUCAGGGCCACAGCUCGAGAGGGCUGCCACCAGCGCCACGGCCCACAAGGCCACAGCCUGCUGCUUGUGGGUUUCAACGGGCGACCGUGCGGGUGGGCUGCGGCCUGACGAGUGUGUUGAGGGGCGGGCGGGGCCGCGGGCGGGCGCAAGCUGGGGCGGGCAUGCGCCGGUUGGCACGCCGUUGAGCACAAGGAGAUUUCUGAAAGAGAGUACAAGGAGGGCGCUUGACAUGGCUUCUUCUCGGCGAGCCUUGGCAUGCUAUCAGAUCGAUGCAUUCACAGGCGUAGCGUUUGCGGGCAACCCCGCGGCGGUGGUGCUGCUGCCACGUGCUGCACUGCCGCUUUCAGACAGCCUUCGGCAGCAGAUAGCGGCGGAGAAGAAUCUGUCGGAGACCGCCUUUGUAGAGUGCAGCGAUGGUGGCAGCAGCGACGAUUUCAGUGUCUGCACCCGCUUCAAGCUGCGAUGGUUCACCCCUGCCAUCGAGGUGCCACUGUGCGGCCAUGCCACGCUCGCCUCUGCCGCCGCCAUCUUCUUUGAAGAGGCCAACCCCGCCCGCCGGCUGGCGUUUGACACACUGAGCGGAGAGCUGGUGGUGACGCGGCAGGCGGACUUGCUCAGCAUGGAGCUGCCGCUGAUAGAGGCUACCGCCGCCGCCGUGCCACCAGGCAUGGAACCAGUGGUGCAGGCAGCAGUGGGCCAACUGGCGGUGGAAGAGGUGUUGUAUGCGUCGCCACUCAAGUACCUGCUCAUAGUGCUGAGGGGCGAUGGGGAGGCCACGCGCCAGGCCUUCCUCAGCCUUCAGCCCAACACCCAGCAGCUCGGGGACGCCCACACUGGUGGCGCCCUGGUGGGGGUGAUCGUGAGCCUGCAGGGUGAUGGCGAGCGCCACGACUUGUACUCUAGAUUCUUCGCCCCAUGGGCAGGCAUUGCUGAAGAUCCAGUCACAGGCUCAGCACACUCCAUUCUGGGUGCCUACUGGGCCAAGAAGACAUCCAAGCAGCAGCUGCGAGCCCGCCAAUGCAGCCCCAGGGGCGGCGAGCUGAUCCUGCAUGUCAAGCGUGAUGAGGGCCGCGUCGUGGUGGCGGGGCAGGCGGUGACGGUGCUCACGGGCCACCUGCUGCUGCCCCCUGCAUAG